AUGACGAGCUCCACUUCGUCUACUGGACCCAGAGUAGCGAGCGUGCAGGCAACUUGGCGACGGGCUCGAGUGUUCCUGUUCUGCGUUCCACCGCGUUUCGAUUGUGUUUACUCCGCGGGAUGCUCGCAAAAGAAUACGACUACUCUUCGCGCGUCGGCUUUUAAUCCGAGAACCCUCCGUAAUCAGCACCCUAACCGGGUUCUUCGCUACAAGCGCCGCCCACAAAGUUGCGGCUAUGUCUGGCACUCUGCUUCUGUCACCAAUAUGGCUGCAUGGUGUAGGCACUGUCACCAGCAUACUUCUCAGUGUAGACUUGAUCGUUCCGAAGAGGGUGCAACGGAUCGAUCCAGGUCUCCGGUCACGGAAUGGCGCGUCAUGUAUGCUCGUUGGACGCAGGGAUCUUCCUGGAUGCCCCAACUUCACAUAAUGCUACCGUUGCUGUUGGCGCUGUUCAUGAUAGACCUCCAGUUUAUAUUUCUGGCAGAUGUGUCCUACGCACUCGAGCUGCCACCAGGAUCCAUGAGCGUCACACGAGAGGAAUCUGAAGAAAGCGGCACGAAGCAAACACAAACGCAACGUGUACGUAGCAUCUUGGCGACGCUACAGCAAACCAAGUCCUGCAUUCUCUGCGACCUCAGCAGCGUUGAUUUGAGCACAGCGGCUUUGGCUGGCGCGGACCUUCACGGUGCCGCGUUAUCUCAUGCGAACCUCUUCCAAGUCCAACUCUCAGGGGCGAACCUUCGCGGCGCCAAGUUCGAUGCCUCGAUCCUCGAUGAGGCAGCCCUGGAUGGUGCGGACCUCUCAGGCGCCGACCUGCGCCAGGCACUUGUUCGACGCACGCUUCUACUUGGGGCGCGUCUCGACGCAAACAUUUCCAUCGACGGGGCUGAUUUUUCUGGAGCUCUCAUUGAUAGAACCAAUCAGCGUCUGCUCUGCGAACUUGCACAAGGCGUGAAUAGUCGCACCGGUGUAGCUACGGCGACGAGCCUUGCAUGUCCGGAGCCAAAAACGAACCAGUCCCCAUGA